CUUGCGCUCACUCAAACGAAAAUGGAACUACCGAAAUUAAUAAUAUUACUCUGCUGCACUACUAUUGGUUUUGCAUCUCAUCAUACCCAUGUGAUACCUGUAGAGGGAUAUGAAACCGAACUCCAAAAUCUCGGCGAACAUGUUGAAAUACCAGAAACUCCUGUAAAAGUUGUCAGGAUUACAAAAACUAUAGCAGUGAAAAUUCCGGUUCCAUACCCGGUAAAGGUUAUCGAAAAGGUACCAUACCCUGUCCACGUUAACAAACCUUACCCAGUGCCGGUCCCACAAAUUGUCAAAGUUCCCGUAGCGCACCACCAUCACGGUCAGGAGCCUCUCGACGUCAGCCACGGUAAUCAUUUCCAGGAUCGUCAGCAUAACGGGAACUCUUACCAAGUUCAGGAGCAUCCGCAUAACGCACAAGAGGGAUCUUUCGAUGGUUCAACGAAUCAGUCCCAUGAAGGAGAAAAUUACGGUAACAGUGCUCCAAACGAAAACUAUUCUUCGGAAGGGUCACCUGAAUAUGGCCAGCAGGCUCACGAUUUUCAUGGUUCCGCGGGCGAUCAAGAUGGGCAUAAUUCUUUUGAAUCCAAAAGUUACGACCUAGCUAUUCAAAACUAUUUGAAACAUUUAAGGCCAAACGGAAAUUAUGCCGGUCAUGAAGGAGCCUAUCAUUAAGUAAAACUAGCUGUUUUUUUAAAUCAAAUUGAAAUAAUGCAGGUCAAGAUAGAAGUUAUCUUAUGGAAUAUCUUGGGCUUACAAUGCAGAAAUCUGAAUUGUUUGUGAAAGUGUUUUAGACGCUCAAGAAACCCCUUAUUCAGGCGACCAAAGUAAAUUACUACUGAGUUUUAAUACCUAACAGCCAUAAGA